CGGGCUGGUGCCGUUGCAAUCCAAUAUGGCCCGGUGGGUUGGCCCUAAUCGAACUAUCACUUUUUUAUUUUUGCAAUUUUCAAAAGCUUUUUUUACUUUGAAAGGAAAAGAACAAAAAAAGAGCAAUUGCUCAGUCCAGUUAGAUAAAACCUCAAAAACCUCAGCAAGUGUUAAAACUGUCUGUUAGACUGCAUAAAUUAAGCUCUCUAAUGCUGUCAUAACCAAAACAAAUCAAAACCCAGAAAAUGAACCUAUCAGUUCCACACAGACAGAAUCCACUUCUCAGUCCUUCGCCAUUUCUACUUCAAACCACUCCCAAUCCAAUUCUAUUAAAACCCAGAAUUUUCCGUAAGAAACGCAGUUUUAGAGUAUGUUCUUCUGCAAAUCCAAAUGGGUCUGAUGGGUUUUCUUGGCCUAGUCUGACUCGAGCAUUUCGGCUCGGGUCGGAGCGGUUUUUGCUCAAACUCCGUCAGUCAGUCAAGAAGGAAACUGGGUUUGAUUUAGAAGGAGCUAAUGUGAAAUUAGGCGAGUUUGUAGAGCGGAUUAAGGGUCAAGCGAAAAUGGGUGAGGCUGAGCUGACUCGGUUAAAGACUGAUUUUAUUGACUGGAAUAGGUUAGACCGUUGGAAGGACUUCAAGAAUUGGCAGCCUAAACGAGUUGGUGUAUUGGUUCUCUAUGUUUUCGUUAUGAUGUUUUCUUGCCAAAGAAUGUAUGUUGCUAUUCGAGCUCCAUUCCUAGAUCGGGAAAGAAGACAGUUAACUGAGGCUUAUAUGGAGGCAUUGAUUCCUGAGCCAUCUCCUAUUAAUGUUAGAAAGUUUAAGAAGAAUAUGUGGAGGAAGGUAAUGCCCAAAGGCUUAAAGAUGAAGAAGUUUGUAGAAGGACCUAAUGGAACACUGAUUCGAGAUACUUCUUAUGUUGGAGAAGAUGCAUGGGAUGAUGAUCCAGUAGCUCCUCUUGAGAAUGUGAAACAAAUUAUUGAAAACGAUAUGAGACUAAAUAAAAAUCAAAAGAAAGAAUUGAAGGAAGAUUUGGGCAUUUCUGGUGAAGUUCAAAAAAGUCAAGGAACUUGGCGUGAAAGGCUUCAGACAUGGAAGGAGAUCCUAAGAGAAGAUAAGUUAGCUGAACAGUUAGAUGCCUCAAAUUCAAAGUAUGCAGUUGAAUUUGACAUGAAAGAGGUUGAAAAUAGUCUUCGUAAGGAUGUGGUGGAAAAGGUCACAGACACACAGGGAACGAGGGCUUUAUGGAUAUCUAAGAGAUGGUGGCAUUAUCGUCCCAAGUUUCCGUACACUUAUUUUCUACAAAAGCUUGAUUGCUCCGAAGUUGCUGCUGUUGUCUUCACAGAAGACCUGAAAAGGCUCUAUGUUACUAUGAAAGAAGGUUUUCCACUAGAAUAUGUUGUUGAUAUUCCCCUUGAUCCAUACUUGUUUGAGGCAAUAUCAAGUGCUGCAGUAGAAGUAGAUCUCCUUCAGAAGCGGCAAAUUCAUUACUUUCUGAAAGUUGUGAUUGCAUUGUUGCCUGGGUUGUUGAUCCUGUGGCUUAUAAGGGAGUCCGUGAUGCUACUACACAUCACUUCUAAUCGUUUUCUUUACAAGAAGUAUAAUCAACUUUUUGAUAUGGCAUAUGCAGAAAAUUUUAUCCUGCCAGUUGGAGAUGUGGGUGAAACAAAAUCAAUGUAUAAGGAAGUGGUACUUGGUGGUGAUGUCUGGGAUCUCCUUGAUGAAAUAAUGAUUUAUAUGGGUAAUCCUAUGCAAUACUACGAAAGAGGGGUGAAGUUUGUUCGGGGUGUUCUUCUCUCGGGACCUCCUGGGACAGGGAAGACACUUUUUGCGCGGACACUUGCAAAGGAAAGUGGAUUACCUUUUGUUUUUGCUUCUGGGGCAGAGUUUACGGAUAGUGAAAAAAGUGGUGCAGCGAGGAUUAAUGAAAUGUUUUCCAUUGCUAGAAGAAAUGCUCCUUGUUUUGUGUUUGUGGAUGAAAUUGAUGCCAUUGCUGGAAGGCAUGCAAGGAAGGACCCACGAAGAAGGGCAACGUUUGAGGCUCUGAUUGCACAACUUGAUGGGGAGAAGGAUAAAACUGGUGUAGAUCGGUUUUCACUUAGGCAAGCUGUGAUAUUCAUUUGUGCCACCAAUAGGCCAGAUGAAUUGGACCUGGAAUUUGUUCGUCCAGGACGUAUUGAUCGCCGUUUGUACAUUGGCUUGCCUGAUGCAAACCAGAGAGUGCAAAUUUUUGAUGUGCAUAGUGCAGGAAAGCAACUUGCUGAAGAUGUAGAUUUUAGAAAGCUUGUCUUCCGUACUGUUGGCUUCUCUGGGGCAGAUAUCCGGAAUCUUGUCAAUGAAGCUGCAAUUAUGUCUGUGAGAAAAGGGCGUUCCAAGAUCAACCAGGAAGACAUCGUUGAUGUUUUAGAUAAGCAAUUGCUUGAGGGCAUGGGUGUACUUCUUACAGAAGAAGAACAGCAGAAAUGUGAAGAAAGUGUGUCAUUUGAAAAGAAGAGACUUCUUGCUGUACACGAAGCUGGUCAUAUAUUGUUAGCUCACUUGUUUCCACACUUCGAUUGGCAUGCAUUUUCUCAGCUCUUACCUGGUGGCAAGGAAACUGCAAUAUCUGUGUUCUAUCCCAGAGAAGAUAUGAUAGACCAAGGCUAUACAACCUUUGGAUACAUGAAGAUGCAAACGGUGGUUACUCAUGGUGGACGUUGUGCCGAACGUCUUGUGUUUGGCGAUGACAUUACUGAUGGGGGCAGCGAUGAUCUCGAAAAGAUAACAAAAAUUGCUAGGGAGAUGGUAAUCAGCCCUCAAAAUGCAAGGUUGGGCCUUACUUCACUAACAAAAAGAGUUGGACUCAUGGAUCGACCAGAUAGCUCAGAUGGCGGGUUGAUAAAAUAUAGGUGGGAUGACCCUCAUGUAAUUCCUUCCAACAUGACGCUUGAAGUAUCUGAGCUCUUUACUCGAGAAUUGACAAGGUACAUUGAAGAGACCGAAGAACUUGCAAUGAUUGGACUGAGGGACAACAUGCAUAUACUGGAUGUCCUUGCCAAGGAACUGUUGGAUAAGUCGAGGAUAACUGGACUGGAAGUUGAGGAGAUAAUGAAGGGACUUUCUCCAACAAUGUUUGAAGAUUUUGUAAAGCCAUUCCAAAUAAACAUAGAUGAGGAGGGACCAUUGCCUCACAAUGACAAAUUGCGAUAUCAACCAUUGGAUAUAUACCCUGCCCCACUCCACCGAAGUUGACAAACUAUGGUAUCAACACUUGAACAUUUAUUCUACACCCGGACCUGGAUGCCACAAUGUUACUUCUUGGCAAGCAAAUUUUGUAUCAAGAGUUCAGAAAUUAUGCUUAUCCACUUGAAAAGCUACAUAUCGAUGAUCUUGGGCUACCAGAGCCCAUGUGUAGGCAUGAAUUUGCCCCGCCAUGAGUAUAUUUUCAAGUAAAGAACUUCAUAGCCAGGCUACACCAUUUUGUAGGCCACUGUGAAGACUGGUGUAUUGCUGCAGGGUUGCCUCAAGUACCAUUUAGCCUUAGAAAGAAUCCUGAAAUGGGUUUCAUCAGCAUGUUAUAUAUUAGAUAUGCAUGAACAGUGUCAAUGCACUAAUUGGUUCGAGUGCUAACCUGAAAGGAAGAUAAUGUUGGUUCUCAAAUAGUUGAUCUAUAGAUGCAUUGAUAGAUAGUCAUAUCUGCGGCUAUAUCUGUACAACGGUUUCAUGUGCUGAACUAUUAGGGAAAAGAUUCUCCAAGUGUUGCAAAAAGAUGAGAUGUCUCAAUUUAUUUAUAACUCAAUUACGUUACUUAAAUCUUGAUGUAUGGACCAAACAGCAUCUUGAUAAAAUUUUUAGUUGUCAUGA